AUGACUGGCAGUACACGGCGACCUGGGAUGCUUUCUGGCGAAGCAUACAUUCGUAGAGUGCCUUCCCCAUUCAGCCUGGAGCAAAUUCUAGCCUAUUGCACUAAGAUCGGGCUGAACGAAGUGCACGAUGCCGCCAGUCUUCAGAGCUUUGAGCCCAACCUCGCGAACCUCGGCAGACUGCAGUUUCUUCACAACCUAGCGUUUCCGCAGGACGUGUCUGAUCUUCACUACACAAAAGAGCACCAUAUGCCUGUCACGCCUCAUGAGCUUUAUCAGAGCAUGGUUCUCGAUGGAAAAGGCAGCUACUGCUUCGGACAGAACGGACUGUUCCUCGGCAUUCUGCGCGGGUUGGGAUACAGAGCUUAUGGGUCUGCCGGGCGCGUACUCGUACCAUCGAGAGUGUCUCCCGACGGGCCUAUGGUGUAUAGCGGACUGGAUCACUACGUGAUCCUGGUUCAGCCUCUCCCCGCGCCACGCGACAACAUCACAUUCGUCGUCGAUGUCGGCUUCGGAGGAACAGGCUUGGUCCGUCCUCUGCUGCUCGCCGAUGCCUCUGCAGGGGAUCCACAGGCAUUCGACACCGAUUUGAAAGGAGGGUGGGUCUGGGGAAGCUAUCCCCCGGAGCGGCACCGCAUACUGCAGGGCUCAUUCCCCGAAAGCAGCCUCGAGACAGCCCUUGGGUCGGGCGAAGCGCCUCUUCGCGAGUGGCACUUCCAAGUCUCGCACGCCCCGCGCUUACAUCCCAAUCCGGACGAGCCAGAGUGGCGCACGCUCUUCACGUUCACUGAGGACGAGUUCUUCCUCGCGGACAUCGAAGAGGCGAGCUUCUGCGUGAGCAAUAUGCCGCGGUUCAUCUUCAACAACACCGUCAUAUGCACGCGUCGGAUAGAAGUCGCUCUGGAGCGGGACGAGGAUGAAGAGGAGGCUAAACUCUGGGGCGGGACUCAUGAAGAGAAGUGGUUGGCAAAGUGGAAUCUCCAAGGCGGUCAAGUUACACUUCGGGCUGGAUCGCGCGUGCUCGAGGAGCGUACGGUGGCGACGGAACGCGAGCGACUGGAAGUUCUGAAAGAUGUCUUCGGUGUCAACGUGACGCCGGAGGAUGAGCAAUGGAUGAAAGGACGGUUGGCGGCUCUUCCUACUGCAUAG